CUCCAUGUUGUGGGGGGCUGGCAGGGCCGGUUUUGGGGACUGAGGGGAUUUUGUGAUAAUUUGGGGAUCCCUGUCGGAAUUUCGAGAUUUCCGCAGGGACUUGGGAUCCUUGGGGGAUUUUGGGAUGGCCCUGGUGGGUUGGGGGUACUCCGGGACCCUCUUUUUAGAGACCAGCGCUGGGGGUACCCUCACAACCCUGCCCCCACCUUCUCCCACAGCUUCCCUUUUCUUCAGGAUAUCCCUGGAUUCGGAGUUUCCCAGGAAUUCUCCCUGGUGGUUCCGCAUCCUGAGGGUGCAGCACGGAAAAACUCUCUAUAAUCCAGAAAGAAAGUUAUAAGAGUAGGGCUCGCCCCAAUUUCACCUGAUUCCCACAGCCCCCCAGAAUCCAUGGAUUCUCUCCUUCUCCUCUGUGCCCGCUGCAUCCUUGCCCAGCGCCCUCUUCCCCACAUUCUCCCUGGUCUGUAUCCCGUCCUUUUCCAAUUGGCAUUCCUGGAUGGAAAACACGUAGUCCUGCGGGAUUUGGUGGCCGCUUGGCCUAUCCAAGUACUCGACUUCCAGCAGCUCGUGAGGCGCCGAGAGCUCCUCGGAGAUCAUCCCCACAUCGACUACAUCGAGGCCGUCAUCCAGGCCGUGGUGGCGCAGCUCCGGCAGGAGCUGGAAGAGCCCGGCUGCGAUUUCAGCAAGCGCCGGCUGCGUGUGCUGGACAUGACCGGACUCUCAGAUUCCCUGUGCAGCCGCUCUCCGGACGGGGUGACCAUCUGGUCCAGCACUGUGGCUUUGGCCAAGGCUUUUGAGGAGGUGUCCAAGCACCAGCAGGAUUUCCAGAGGCGUGAACCUAGGCGGCACAAAGGCCCCUCUGGAGCCGCCGUGGCUGCUCUGCAGCCAUCAGGCGUGGACGUCCACGCCAACCUUUAUGUCAGGAAAGAUUCCUACAGGAUCCUGCGUAACGCGCUCCAGACCAGAGCCGCCAGCCCGCUGCGCCUCAAGUGCCACAAACUCUACGCGGAGAACAUCUCGGCACUGAAGGUUGUGACUUUGUUGGAAUGUCUGUAUCCGUCUUUUCUGCAGAGGGUGGAACUGUGGUACAACAACUUCGGAUUGACUGAGCUCUUGCUGAUCCUGCCACACCUCUCCCGGUUCCCGGAGCUGCGCAGCCUCAAGCUCCUGGACUUCAGCAUGAACACGCGGCGCCGGACACCGGACUUAGCCAUAGUAAUCCGCUGCGUGGCCAGGCAUCUGGGAAUGCUGCCCAGCCUCCGGGAGCUCAGCCUGGGAUCUUCACAGCUCUCCGGGAAUCUGCGCCACAUCCUCUGCAACCUUCAGGCUCCGUUGGAAAGCUUGGAAUUGGGCUACUGCUCCCUCGUUCCUGACGACCUCGCCUUCCUCUCCCAAAGCUUCCAUGCUCCAGCCCUCAAAAAGUUGGAUCUGACCGGCAACAACGUAUACCAAGGCCUCCUGGAGCCGCUCCAGCUGCUCCUGGAGGAAACCUCGGCCUCACUGCUGCACCUGGAUCUCAGUAAUUGUGACAUGGCCGACUCCCAGCUGGAGGCACUGCUCCCGGCGCUCCGGCGCUGCUCCCGCCUGCGCUUCCUGCGACUCUUUGGCAAUUCCCUGUCCACGGCCGCGAUCAAGGAUCUGCUCCAGAAAACCUUGGAGCUGCCGGAUCUCCACCUGGUCGUGUUCCCUUACCCCAGGGAUUGCUACAAGGAGCCCCUGCCAGAAAACAAUUGGGAUUGUGGAACGGAUGAUGAGCUUUUGGCAGCGGCAACAGUGGAGUUUUCCCAAAUCCUGGCAAAUUCUUUGAGAACUGACCUCAUCUGGACUUACAAUCCCUACGGUCACAAAGACCUGGAGUACUUCUCCUUGUGAUCUGGGGAAAGCUCAGAGCUGGGAAAUGCUCGGAGCCUACAUUGCAGAAAAGCAUCACAGCCUUGUUCCCAAAAUCCUGGCGAUUCCGCAUCAUCCCAGUGCUUUUCUGUCUCAUUCCAGUGGGUUUUUUCCUUUAAUUUCGAUACUUUUCUGCUGGUUUUGUUAGUUUUCUGUCUCAUCCUGAUGUUUUUCUGCCCCAUUAUAAGAUUUUUCCCUGGUUUUGUAGCUUUUCUGCCAUGUUUUAAUGUUUUUUUUUGCUUAAGUACUGUCGUUCUCCAUUUGAUAUCGAUGGCAAACCUUUAUCGUUAAAACCCAAAAAAGAGCCCAGGCCAUCGUGCCUCGACAGAAGUAGUGGUACCCAAUCAAAUGGUUCUGGUACCUCAGUCAACUAUUCCUCAGUCAACCAUUCCUCAGAAGGUUGCAACUCAAUCCUCUCAGGUGCAAGAGUGGAAUUGGCCUCCUCAAAAUUGAUACACCUUUAAAAUAAUUUUUCUUAUGAAAGCAUUCCUGCUGGAAAUACUGGUUCUUUUCAACAAAGACAAGAUUUUUUGGUUAUAGCCAAGGCCAGCAACAGAUUUUUUGACUUCCAGUCCUUCCAGCUGUUGCUUCAGUAAAUUGUAAGGACGAGCUAAUGAUUUUAGCUCUUACAUUUAAUGUUCCUAUGGUAAUUCCACCAAAAACAGCUACAGCUACUGCAUUUCUUUUACCCAUGAAUACACCCAAACAAAACAACUUUCCAGAGCAUUCAGUUAUGUCUGUGCCAUUUGGAGCCUCAGGCCCUGAGGUCUUUUGGGUGUAAUAUUUAGACCACAACCAACCAAAAUUGACUUGCAUUCUGACUCACCGUGGUAAAACAAUUUUCAUUACAGGCAUGCCGGAUACUGGUGCAGAUGUCACUGUCAUUUCUCAGGUUUUGUUCCCAGCCAUUGGGCUUUGGUAGCUCCUGCAGGUUCCCUCACAGGGGUUGGAGGUGCUACGGUGUGUUUGCAAAGUGCAUCCAUGAUUAACAUUACAGGUCCUGAAGGAAAGACAGCGACAGUAAGUCCUUUUGUUGUUCAGAGGCCUUUCACAGUGUGGGGGAGAGACGUCCUGUCCCAAUGGGGAGCAAGACUGGAAGUAGGCCUGUGAUGGAAACCAUGUCAAAACCUGCCUCUUUAAGGCUGAACUGGAAAACUGAUCGUCCUGUAUGGAUUGAUCAAUGGCAAUUAACAGAGAAAAAAUUAAAUAUCCUUGAAAAUUUGGUAAAGGAGCAAUUGCGACAAGGUCAUAUCACACCCACAAACAGUCCCUGGAAUUCACCAGUGUUUGUCAUCCACAAGAAGACAUCGGACUCCUGGAGGUUGCUUCAUGACCUGAGGAACAUCAAUGAAGUGAUUGAAGACAUGGGACCUCUUCAGCCUGGACUUCCUUCGUUAUCAAUGAUUCCAAAACACUGGCCUCUCAUUGUCAUCGAUUUAAAGGACUGUUUUUUCCACAUCCCACUUCAUCCUGAUGAUGCUCCAAGAUUUGCGUUUUCAGUUCCGGUCAUCAAUCGAGGUGAGCCCAUGCAGAGAUAUCACUGGAAAUCACUGCCUAAGGAAUGAAGAAUUCCCCUUCAAUCUGCCAAUAUUUUGUUGCACAAGCUUUGUCUCCAGUUUGACAGAAGCAUCCAAGAUCCAUGAUUCUGCACUACAUGGAUGAUUUGUUCAUCGCAGCUCUAAUGCAGACAGAGAUGGAGCAAACUCGUGCUAGUGUUGUUACUGAA